AUGUCUACAUUUUCUAGUUUCAACUUAUCCACUGAAUUGCCAGCUUGGAAGAAGCUCGAGUCCACAUACGAGUCGACCGGCAAGGCUUUGAAAGUCAAGGACGAGUUUGCUAACGAUCCAAAAAGAUUUGACAAAUUCUCUGAGGUUUUUGACAACUACGACAAGUCCGAAAUCUUGUUUGACUUUUCGAAGAACAUCAUCAAUGAUGAAAUCAAGGCGCAAUUGAUUGCUUUGGCCAAAGAGGCGGGCGUUGAGAAGUUGAGAGACGCCAUGUUUGCUGGUGAAAAGAUCAACGAAACCGAAGGCAGAGCCGUGUACCACGUGGCUUUGAGAAACAGAGACAUGAAGGAAAUGAAGGUGGAUGGCGUUAACACCGCCCCAGAGGUUGACUCCGUGCUUCAGCACAUGAAAGAGUUCUCUGAAGAGGUUAGAAGCGGCAAGUGGACCGGAUACACCGGUAAAAAAAUUACCGACGUCGUGAAUAUCGGUAUUGGAGGUUCCGACUUGGGCCCUGUUAUGGUCACAGAAGCUUUGAAGGCUUACUCCCAACCUGGCCUCGAAGUGCACUUUGUGUCCAACAUUGACGGAACCCACUUGGCCGAGACUUUGAAGGGCUUGAACCAAGAAACCACUUUGUUUUUGAUUGCUUCUAAGACUUUCACUACGGCAGAAACAUGCACCAACGCCAACUCUGCUAAAAAGUGGUUUAUUGAGAAGGCACAAGACAAGGCCCACAUCGCCAAACACUUUGCUGCCUUGUCCACCAACGCCGAGGAGGUGUCUAAGUUUGGUAUUGACACACGCAACAUGUUUGGUUUUGAGAACUGGGUCGGUGGCCGUUACUCUGUGUGGUCUGCCAUUGGUUUGUCUGUGGCCAUCUACAUUGGAUUCGACAACUUUGAAGCAUUCUUGAAAGGUGCGCAGGCCAUGGACCACCACUUUACGUCUACACCUUUGGAACACAACAUUCCAGUGCUUGGUGGCCUCUUAUCUGUGUGGUACAACAACUUUUUCGGUGCUCAAACCCACUUGGUUGCUCCAUUCGACCAGUACUUGCACCGUUUCCCAGCUUACUUGCAGCAAUUGUCCAUGGAGUCCAACGGUAAAUCCGUUACCCGUGGAAACAGCUUCACCAACUACCAAACUGGCACCAUUUUGUUUGGUGAACCAGCCACCAACGCUCAACACUCGUUCUUCCAGUUGGUGCACCAGGGUACCAAAUUGAUUCCAGCCGAUUUCAUCUUGGCUGCCCAAUCCCACAACCCUAUCGAAAACAACUUGCACCAAAGAAUGUUGGCAUCCAACUUCUUUGCGCAAGCCGAGGCUUUGAUGGUGGGUAAGGAUGAAGCUCAGGUUGAAAAAGAAGGUGCUAAGGGCGGUUUGGUUCCACACAAGGUGUUUUCUGGUAACAGACCAACAACCUCUAUCUUGGCUCAGAAGAUCACGCCGGCCGCUUUGGGUGCGUUGAUCGCAUACUACGAGCACUUGACUUUUGUUGAAGGUGCUAUCUGGAACAUCAACUCGUUUGACCAAUGGGGUGUUGAAUUGGGUAAGGUUUUGGCCAAGGUUAUUGGUAAGGAAUUGGAUGACUCUAAGGAGGUGGCUGCCCACGACCCAUCGACCAACGGCUUGAUCAACCAGUUCAAGAAGUGGUCCAACUGA